AUGGAGUUUGCGUUGACCCCUUAAUGCACCGAGGUGGUGAAUCGACACGGAAGCAACGAAGCGGAACACAGUUGCAGCCUCAACAUGGCUUACUAUCAGGACGAGAGCGCGUUUGAUGCAGAUGGUGAUUUAUCCGAAGCGAUAUCCAAACUAUGGGAAAUGGACGACAAUAAGUGUUACCCAGGACAACAGUAUGAGGUUGACCUUCAGGGAUAUGUUACGAGCAGUCGUCGUGUGAACAAGGACUUUGCCAGGGACAAGCUGAUCUCAUGGUUUGAUGAAGAAGAAAUCUUCUCAAGACCAACAUACAAAGCCUUCAGGGACCUGCUGGACAACUACGAGCUGGAGCGUGGGGAGGUGGAGGUUGUGACAUGGGAGGAGCGGAAAGAGAACUGGGAGUUCCUGAAUCUCAUCACGGAGACGCCGGUGAUGCAGGAGGCCCACAGGAUGCUGGUGGAGAGAGGCAAGGCUCCAGAAGAUGACGAUGGCUUCAAGAAGCUUCUCCAUGACAUCUGGUUCAAGAUGUACCACAGGCGAGGAGGAAGAGGUCCUGACUCAUGCAGUUUUGAGCAUGUGUUUGUUGGUGAAGGCCGAGGUGAUGAGUUCAUCGGCCUGCACAACUGGAUCCAGUUCUAUCUACAGGAGAAGGCUGGCAACAUCAACUACCACGGAUUCUUCAGGAGGGAGACGCUCACUGAUGACGAAAUCCCACGUCUUAUAGCUCUCCAGUUCUCCUGGAAGGGGAUCAAGAGUAAGCCGAUGUGCAGUUGCUUCCUGGGAACCAGUCCAGAGUUUGAGAUCGCGGUAUACACUCUGUGUCUUCUACUGGACAAGGAUGGCAAGACGGAUUGCCAGAUGGGCAAGUACGAGAUCGAAGUUGUCGUCCACUCUCACGGCUUCAAGAAGAAGCUAGGGACUGCAUACAUUGCUGCAGCACGCUUGUACUAGCGAGAUUAAUGUCAGGAACAAGCACGUUGCCUAUCAAAGAAACUUCUGUAGAUUACAUAAAUAUAGCUGCAGUAAUCUGACCCUUCCUUCAAUCAAAUUGUCUUACAGCGGAGACCUCAUUGUUUUGUUCUUACAAACAUAAAACUUUUGUUAUCGUAUUAGCUAAUCAUUCUAAAAUUACUUUUGCAUUAUCAAUUAUACCAUGUCAUAUUGUUUAAGGAAAGUAAAAAAAAAUUUGUUUUUAGUUUUAUUGGCGACAUUUGUCAGAGUUUCUGUAGGUGGAGACUUCGGAGUACUUCCGUAUGUCGCUGUGGAAGGCAAUUGUUCAAUACCUAGGCAUUCUAAAGAUGAGAAUUGCAUAUACUUUCUGAAUAUAUUGUAUGAAUUUGGUAUUUGGGCUGAAUUAUUCAUACAUAUUUGCUGUUAGUCUUUUUGAAAUGUUAUUAUUUGAGAUGAUAUGUCAAACAUUUGUCAAGGAGGAUUUGUCAAUAUUUCAUAUCAUCUUGUAACAUUUGAAGUAGUGUAUGGUUGUGGUUAUCUCCCUUUAAUACACAAACAUGUUUCAGCCUCAGGAAUUCUGCCAAAUUAAUACUCAUGGAACAGUCCCCAUGUUUGAAUCUGUCAUCUAAAUCAGAUCUUAGUUUUAUUGCUCCACAGAGAUCUGAGAACAUCCUGUUACAGGUCAGGUCAGGUCAGGUCAGGAAGAAUUGGAGUGUCACUCAUGAGUAUGCCAAAGUGAAAGUCUGAUAACAGUUUCUGAUUCCGAAAACUAGACAUUUUCUCUGGCCUAUUUCAGUGGAAUAAAGAUUUGAAGAACAGACUUUCAUACAAUCUUGACCAUUUAUUAGAUGUAACCCAAUUUACUUUUGGUAAUUUUUCAAAUUUUGAAUCAAGAACUUUCUCAUUUCUGGACUGGAAGUCACCAUUUUGAAACCAGCGGUGUAAGGCUUGAGAACAGCUGUCUGAUUGGCUAAUGUUGACCUCGUAUUAGUCAUUUCAUUGGUCAGUCAAAUUGCUAAAGGUUGUGUUGAUGUCACCUGAGAAGUGAUGUUCUCAUACUGUUGGAGUAGCGAUAAUGAGGACUAAGAUCGGAUUGUAAUGUAAAAUGUCACAAUUGUCAUACACAAUGCACAGUUGAAGGUUUGACUGUUUCUUUGUUUAUUUUCUAGUCCUGUAUUAACCAAACAGGGUAACGUGACAAAUACCCAGUACUGCUAUUGUAUUCCAUAUCUAUGGUAUUAACAUGGGCAUAUCAAAUACAUGUAUGUAUUUAUAUAUUUCUUGUAUACAUGAAUCUCAAACAUCUGAUUCCAUAUUGGUACAUUUAGAAUCAUCCGGUUUCAGUCAUCUUAUAUUUCUAAGCCAGUCGAUUUUUUCAGCUGUUUUGUGUAAUAGAAAAACUUUGUAUUUGCAGACAAACUGCUUUGUGCUUUAUGCUUGCCAGUGUUAGAACUGUUCAGUAAACAGAGUUAGCUUGCCCCUCUAGUGGUCCAGGUUUGAAUCCUGUGGUUUUCCAAAAUGUCUUUUCCUGCAUGACUUUUCUCAUGCAGCUUCAAAAUCACACCAAUUCCAGUUGUUGAUUUUAAUUUUUUUGUUGAGAUGAACUUCUAAGGUAAAAGAAUAUAAUAAUUGCGAGAGCUUUAUUCAGUAACCUGUAGUUCAUGAGCACUAGGGGUGGUGGGGUAGCCUAGGGGUUAAGGUGUUUGCUCAUCACACUGAAGACCCGGGUUCGAUUCCCCACUUGGGUACAAUGUGUGAAGCCUAUUUCUGGUGUGCCAACCGUGCUAUUGCUGGAAUAUUGGUAAAAGCAGCAUAAAACUAAACUCACCCAUGAACACAAAUGCACACAACAGCUUGAUCAUCAAUUGAAGCACUCAUAAAAUCUCCAAACAUAUGCAAGAAGACAACUAAGUGCACUAAGGCCAUCCAUAUUUUCUUUUAUGUUUUUCAUCUCCUAAAUUUUGGGGGAGUGUAAUAACCGAAUAAGAAUAAGAAAAUAUUUACUAAUGGUGUAACGUAUUUUAUGGGAUUUUAAAAUUUAGAUAACUUGGUAAUAGUCUUUAAAUUAGUUUAUGAAUUUACUUUGCUUCAGAAGUAUUUUUUAAUAAAUAUUGAUAAAGACAGAUCAAGCAGACCUGGUUGGUUCUAGGACUGUUCAAGAGGAGGUGUUCCUAUUUAUCACAAUAGGGCAUGAAUUUCCACAGCAGAAGCAGGGAAACUGAGAUUAGAAAACCUUUUAUCUUACGUCUGAAUGAAAUUUCAGGGUGGAUGGGAGAUGGGGAAACAGAGAGAAAUAUAGAGAACCUAAGCAGAUGGCCCAUGUGUCUCUUGUAAAAGGUGACGUGUGUUUAAGAUAAAACUUACAUUUCAAUAUUCUUCGGACAGAUGGCACCAAACACCUGACAAAUAUGUAAACUCUCGAUGGUUCUGGUCAUUGUAGAUUAUUCUGUAUUUUUUCUGUGAAGGAGUGAUAGUUCUUUCUAUAUUGCACAAUUAAUUUAUGAUGUUGUUUAAUUAACUUUUGUCAGUGAAAAUGGUGAUGACGUUUAUAGGAAGGUUGGUCCAGACUGAAAUGUUUCAUAUUUACUUCCUGUUAUUUAUGUGCAAUACCAUAUCAGUUACAAUAUGUUGAAAUGUUAAUACGUGACUCAGAACACUAGUAUGUCAUACAAAUUUACAUGAUUGAAUAACCAAUAACUUACAAUUCAAUUCAAAUAUGAUUGAUUGUUUUAUGCUAUAUAUAUACACCGAGGUUUAUUUUGAUAAAUGUUAACAGUGGUGGAAUGGAGCCAUUAAAUCAGCUGUUUCAGAGGUAGUUAUUGUGAUUUAAAACCUCAGAUUCAGAAUAGAGUAUUUUCUCAAAAUGAGGUUGAAUUUUGAUUGUUUAAGCAGAUGCAGAAGCUGUCUACCAGUAAUACCACAUGCUUUAUAAGAUCUUACACUUACACUUGUUAAUUGAACUGAUCUAAGGUCUCAUGGUUUUUGUCACUUGUUUUGUCAGUUUUCCCCUUAAAAUGAAGAAACAAUGAGGGGCGGAUCCCGAGGGGGGCUGGGGGCGUUUGAGGGGCAUUUCCCCUAACCUUUGGGCUUCAUGAUUUAUAUGCACCCCAAACUCCUUGAUCCGCCCCAGACAAUGACGAGAAAAAUGUCGAUUUUUGAAAGAUACAUGUUAUUUUCUUUUCCUUCCGAUACAGGACUGCAUUGAGGUUUUUUGAAACUAUAAUUAGAUGAAGGAUACAGCUGGAAUAAGAUUGUUUUGAAAUCAUUAUUUUUUCCAAAUUUGUAAGGCUAUGGACGAAAUCAAUAUCUUAGUGAAGCAAAAAAAUGUUAUUCUGCAUUUCAACUUCACCUUCAUAGUUUUUUAAGUGUGGUCACCAUGGCUUUGGUCAUAUUUACUUGGACUGACCAACACAUGGUACUAUAGUGAUGUGUUUCUGACAUGAGUCUAGUCUGGUUUAACAUGAAUUUUAUUAUGUAUGGCAUUCAGUUAAUAAUAUCGGAUAUCAGUAGUUUUAUGAUCUGAAGAAAAGGGGCAUGUGACUUAGUUGUGACUUUAUUCAAGCUUUUGUGCCAUAUAUUGACUAUUAGACGUAGUUUCAGCAUAUAUUCUCUGUGCCAUCACAGCAACUUACUGGUAUUAUUUACAGCAGUUGAGAUAUCACUGUAAGUAUUGGUUAUUUAGUAUUAUAAUUAGAGAAGUAUUUUUUGUUUCAUGGCUUGUUAUGUUUGAUGCCAAUAUCAAAUAUGUUUUUGUUUGCAAACCACAUUGAAAUAAUGGCAGAAUUUAAAUUUUGGUAGAUAGGAUGUUUUGAAAUAGCUUGUGCUAGAAUCAAUUCUCAGGUCCAAACAGGUAACAUGAGGCACCUUUCAUUGUUUAGUUGUGUAUUGUAUCUGUUGGGAGUUAUCUCCCCUGGUCUUUUCAUCUGCAAUGAUGAGUCACUUUAAAGGCUUAUGCUCAAUUGGCUAAAUUUUGGCUCAGGCAGAAGGAGAUUUAUAUAGACUCGUUGUGGACUGGACUGUGUCAAAGAAAAUUUAGGGUUAAGGGUUCUCUUGUACAAAGCAACCCUUGGCUGUUUUAACACUAAUACUUAAAUACAGCAGGGCAUGAAACUCCCAAAACUUUCAGCCAGACCACAGGGCUGGUUAGAUGUAAAACUUGCCAGCCCUGACCAAAACUUACCUGCCCACAAAAUAUCUUCAUAUAUACAUGUCUAAAUUUUAACCCGACCGUUGGGCAGGUGAAUUUGAGAAUCUGGCAGUCCGUGUUGAAAAUACCCUGUUGUGGGCGGUCGGGCAGGCAGGCAGGCAUUUUGAACGCUGAAUACAGGCAUAUUUUUGUUGGGCUAAGAUCACUUUGUGCAAUCGGGUCAUGGGGCUUUGUUUUCAAGAGAGUUAGUUUGAAAUUAUACUAGCUCAGUGGCUUUUGUGUUUGAAAUGCACAUUUUCAGAAAUCAUACCAACUUAUUACUAUACAUGCAUAUAAUUCUCUCAUAUUUUCAAAAAACCUGUUUUAGUGACCUCACUAAAUUGGAACAAAGCUUGUGCAACAAUUUACUACGACCUGUUGUUGAGGUAUGUAUCAUCGGUAAAGUAACAACGAAUUAACAGUCUGGCAGACAGAAAUGUACUUAGAGACAGGAUAUGUUUCCAAACCAACUAGCAUGUCCACUGAGCAAAUAUUAUUUUGUUUAAGGCCAAAUGAUUCGCAUGUAUUUUGGUAAACAAAUUACUUAUUUUUUAGUGUUAAGAAAUGGUUGUAAAAGUUUACGAAAGGUGCUAACAUUGGGCAGUGCUUGAUUUACCUGUAAUAUUGACUGCAAUAAUGCCAUAUUUGCCAUGCAUGCCUUUAACUCAACAUGAUAUUACUGCUCAUGAAAGGGUACACCUUUACAUUUCUAGUGAGUAUGUUAGAUGCAACAACACGAUUCUCUACUAUUUUAUGCAUUUCUGUCAUUAUUCUUGCAAGAAUAAAAUCCUACACAUCCA